AUGGAUUCCACAUCUCUGUUACCAAUGUUUUCAGACACGGAUCUGACAAUAUCACAUAUAGAAUGUUUUCCCAAGGACAUUCUAGUGAGAUUUCAAGGCAGAAAUAAUAUUGAAUGUGAGUUUGACUACCACAUAUUACAGAGGGAAAUGCAGCAUAUUCCAAAAGUAAAAAAUAGUGUGGACAUUGAUGAAUUUUGUUUGGUGAAAGAAAGAGUAUCUGGAGAAUGGCAAAGAGGAAGAGUCGUGGAAAAGAAAAAUGAACUAUAUACAGUGCUCCUGAUAGAUCAUGGAAAAGAACUAAGAGUUGAUAGUACACAGGUUGCUUCAGCCUGUGGCAACUUAUUUGAGCUACCGCCACGGGUAAUAUUUGGUAUUUUUGCCAACAUACUACCAAAUGGGGAAAGAUGGCCUCCUAAAGCUUUGAAUUAUUUCAAGUCAUUAGUUGGACUACGAGUGAAAGGUUGUGUACAAGCUGUGUUGCCUCUUCAAAGGACUCUUCUAGAAGUGCCAAAAAUUAUAUCCCAGGUUCUUGAGUUACAGUUAGGCAGACUUAUUGACGGGGAUUCAUUUCGUCUUAUUGUGGAAAUGUUAAAAGAAUUCCCACAAGAAAUGCCAGAUUUAUUACAACAUAAAAGAUCUGAAUUAUUGUUAAGUAAGAAUGCUACUUCACUUGAUAUUCAACACAUUCUGGAUAAUUUGCAGCCAUCUUUGUCAGUAGGCAGGGUUGAAAGUAUAAAGGUAUCCUCUGCAUUGAGCCCAUGUAAAUUUUAUUGUCAACUAAUUAAAUGGAUUCCAGAGUUAGAAAACUUAACGGUGUGUAUGACUUUGCAUUAUGAUGCUAUCAGUCAAGAAAGUAGUCCUACAUGUGAUAACUUUGGAUUACUUUGUGUUGCCAAAAGAAGAAAUGGACAGUGGUACAGAGGAAUUCUUCAGCAGCUCUUGCCCAAUAAUCAGGUGAAAAUUUGGUUCAUGGAUUAUGGCAGUAGUGAGGCUAUACCUUCAAUUCACGUAAAGAAACUUAAACAGGAUUUUAUUUUAGUACCAUUAUUUUCAUUUCCGUGUUCUCUGACAUAUUUACAUAGUCCAGAUAGAGAUGCCAGAAAAUCUCAACUGACUAUAUUUAAACAAGCCUUGCUAGGACAGAUAGUAUAUGCACACAUCGAUUGGUUCAAUAAAGAUGAACAUUUGUAUUAUGUAACACUACAAACUCAGGAGUCUACAAUUAGUUCUAAGUGUCUGUUGAAGACCGUAGGCACACAAGUACUCUGUCCAGUAUCUGAAUCAAAAAUCUCUAGUAUGUUUAAAGAGACUGGUGUUUCUGAUGUAAACAGCUUUGCAGUUGAGCAUUUUAUUGGAAAUCCUGAACUGUCAAUAGAUUAUAUAAACAAAAACUCUUUGAAAGUAAGUGUUCCUACUAAAACUGUAGAGAUGGACAUAGAGGCUGCCUAUAUAGCUUUUGUAGUAUAUGUAUUAAACCCAUCAAAUUUCUGGGUACGUACUAAUGAACAUCAGAAUGAACUUCAGGAUAUAAUGAAAAAUAUAAAUAAAUUUUAUGAUUUUUGUGAAAACAAUGAACUGAUUCUAAGAAAUCCAGAACCUGGAUUAUUUUGUUGUGCUAGAUACAGCAAGGAUAGACAUUUUUACAGAGCUGUCAUCACUGAAAUUAAUGGCUAUAAGAUUAACGUUUAUUUUUUAGAUUAUGGAAAUACUGAUUCCAUACCAUUUUUUGAUGUAAAAGUUUUGCUUCCAGAGUUUUGUGAGUUGCCUGCCUUAGCCAUGUGCUGUUCACUUGCACAUAUAUUUCCUAUUGAAGAUAUAUGGGUGAAGGCAGCAAUUGACUAUUUUAAAAAAAUUGUUUUGAACAAAGCAAUUUUGCUGCAAGUUCUAGCAAAAAAAGAUCACAAGUACAUUGUAAAUAUUCAGAGUAUUGAAGCCUCAGAAAAUAUUGAUGUUGUCUCUCUUAUGUUACAAGCUGGAUUUGCAGAAUAUUGGGAAGUAGAACCAGAGUGUUAUCCCAAAUCUGCAAGUGGAAAUUCAGUGUUAAAUUUAAAAUCUAAAAACAAAAUUAAUAUUAAAGUCUUAUCUGCCCUUCUUAGAGGCCCUAUACCUAAAAAGUACCAUUCAAAUAAACUAAAAGAAAGUAACUUGUGUUUGGUGAAAACCCCAGCUGUUAAUGUCUCAGAUUUAAAAAAUCCUUUCACCUCAUCUGUGGCACCUGAGUCACCACGACCUUAUAAAGAAUAUAUAUUUAAACCAGGAACAGUCCUUGAAGUAAAGUGUUCUUCUUAUUAUGGCCCAGGUGACUUCUCAUGCCAGCUUCAAUGUAAGUUAGGAGACCUAAAAUUACUAAUGGAACAAAUUCAGAAUUAUUAUAGCAUUCAUUCAGAUCCUUAUCAGAUUGGGCAGAUUGCUUGUGUUGCUAAGUAUUCCAAAGAUGGGAAGUGGUAUAGAGCUGCUGUUUUGACUCAAGUAUCACAAAAAGAACUUGACAUAGUAUUUGUUGAUUAUGGUUACCAGGAAAGAGUUUUAGUUAAAGAUACUUGUGCUAUUAACCCACAUUUUCUUUUGUUAGAAGGCCAAGCCUUCAGAUGUAGUCUUAAUCAUUUAGUUGAACCCAUUAGUUGUAAAUCAUUCAGUUGGACAAGAGAAGCAUGCAGAGACUUUGGGAAUUUUAUUUCUUCAUCUAAAGGAUUAUUGACUUGUGUCAUUUAUGCCUUAGUUCUUACAUAUCCAAACUCUUUAUGUAACUUAGUGGAUUUACAAUCUCCACUUACUAGUGCAAAAGAAUUUCUUAUGAAUCAUGGCUCUGCACAGUAUACUACAUUAUCAAAGCCAUUUCCAUCUUCAGUUAGUCUAUACAGUUACUAUUAUUCUUCCUUUAACAUAAAAAUUGGAAGUGAGGAAGAAAUAUACAUGUCUCACAUAUAUAGUCCUAAAAAGUUUUAUUGCCACCUUAGUAGAAAUAAUAAAGACCUGGAGGUGAUAGAAACAAAAAUCACAGAGAUUAUUAACCUCAGAUAUUGUCCAAAAUAUGACUCUAGUAGAAUGAGAUUGUGCAUAUCUAAGUAUGCAGAGGAUGGUCUCUUUUAUCGAGCUUUAGCAGUGCCAACAGACUCAUUAACUGACUUUCUGGUCUAUUUUGUGGACUUUGGAAAUAAGCAAUUAGUAGAAGAAAGUACAUUGAGAGCUAUUUCAGAUCAGUUUCCAGAGUUGCUGUUUACACCUAUGCAAGCCAUUAAGUGUUUUUUGUCGAAUCUUAGAGAUGUAGAUAUUCCAGCAGAAAUCAGUAGCUGGUUUAAAGAUAAUUUUUUGGGAAAACCGUUAAGAGCAAUAAUAUUGUCCAGGGAGCCAGAUGGCCAGCUUGGUGUAGAAUUAUAUGAUGGAUAUCAACAUAUAAAUCAGAAAAUUAAAAUGUUGCUUCAUGCUUACAGAAAAAAACAUUGUGAUCUAGCACCGUGUGUGGAAAAGAGUCAUAAAAUAAAUAAGAGACUUACUACUUCUUUGAAAGGCAAAAUAGAAAACCAUUAUCCUCAUAAUAUAAAUAAAAUUAAUCUAGUAACAUGUUCUCAAAGCAAAACAGAUCAGUUAAUGAAUCCCAGAAGUACACAUGCCAAGCUUUUGAAACAGUCAGCUUGUUAUAAAAUUGAAUCUGUAUCAAAAAGCAAAGUGAAGUCUUUGAGUGAUGGAUUCAAAAAUAAAGGUGUAAAAAUUGUCCCUGGAUCUGCACAUACUCUUGAUGAAAAUGAUGUGGGCCAAAAAUCAGUAAGGAUUGUAUCACCAUCUUUCAUCCAAGAAUUAAAUAAAGCAGCCUCUCAAAACCCAUAUAGUCUUACUAGACCACAGAUCAAAGAUCUUCCUCAACCUAAAAUUUCCUUGAAUGCCAAAGUUAAAGGAUAUAUUUCUAAUAUCAGUAAUCCAGCAAGUUUCCAUAUUCAGCUUGUGGAAAAUGAAAAUGUAAUCAUCAGACUCACAGAUGCUCUAAAUGAAAGAAGAACAAAAAUAGUGAAAGAGAGAAAAUUUGUUAAGCCUGUGGUGGGAGACCUUGUAGUUGCAGAAUACUCUGGUGACCAUGCCAUUUACAGAGCAGUCAUUAAGAAAAGUUUGCCAGGAAAUUCUUUCGAAGUGGAAUUUAUUGACUAUGGUAACACUGCGGUGAUAAGCACAUCAAAAAUUUAUGAAUUUCAGAGGGAAUUCUUAACAAUUCCUCGCCUAGGAAUCCAUUCUUUUCUUAGUGGAGUCAAGUGGAAUGAGCCUGAUGAAAUAUGGGACAGUGAAACUGUGGAUUAUUUUGCAUCAAGAGUAAGUAACAAAACAGUUGCAUGUGAAUUUUUGAAAAAGCAUGAGCAGAAAUGGGAAGUAAAUAUUACUUGCAAUGGAACAUGUGUUAUUAAUGAACUACUGAAGUGGACAGCAUGUUCAAAACUACAGAAAACAGUAGUGCAGAUGCCGGCGGUUGUCUCUCAAAAGGCGAGUUCUGGUGAGGAUAACGAAAUGAAGAAACGAAGAUCAAAUGAAUACCAAGGGUCUAUAAUCCUUCAACCAGCCUACCAACAGCUGGGUGACAUUCCUUUUGAAGAGUUAAAACCUGGACAAUUGGAAAAGGCUGAAAUACUUUAUGUCUCAAAAAAUGAGACAUUUUAUGUGAACUUAACAAAAAAUAAAAAAACCUUAUCAGAUUUAUCAGUAUUAAUUACUAAGGAAGUAAAAAACCCUUCUUUAUCAAUGGAAAAUAUUGAAAAAGGCUUAGAGUGCUUGGCAAAAUCUAAAAAAACCUUGAAAUGGUAUCGAUCAAAAGUAGAAAAGAAGUGUGUUGAUGAGAAAGUGCUUGUUUUUUUAGUAGAUUGUGGUAGGUAUGAAAUAGUCCCUUUAGAUAAUACCAAGGUGCUUAGUAAUGAAAUGAGAAAUAUUCCAAGACAAGCUGUGCCUUGUAAAUGGAUUUGGUUUGAAAAUUUUAGAAAACGGUCAUUUGAGUCUAUUGUGUGUUUAUUUGCUCAUCUAGAAAUAAAUAUUCUUUUCUUGAAAUGUUUAGACUCUGUGUGGGAAGUAGACAUUUUGGUAGAUGGCCUGUUACUUUUGGAAUACUUAAAUCUGAAUACAGUUCAUGUUGAAAACAAACUUAGGUCUUCAGAAACCAUUUUUAAUAUGGGAUCUAAGACUCCUGUAUCAUGUGCAGUAAGAUCCUAUACUUGGGCCCCACUCCAAAAUGGAAAGCAAUAUUCUGGUAUUGUCACUGCUAUUUCUGAUCCAUCAGAUUUCUGUGUUCAGUUAGAAGAUUUCUUUGACACAAUGAAAUCUCUCUUUGUGUUGCUUUCUGAUCUACCAGAAAACUUACAAACAAUGCCUCAAGAGUGCAUAAUUCCUGGUGCUAGUUGUUUGUUCAAAUAUGAAUUGGAAGAUCAGUGGAACAGAGUAGAAAUUUCUGAGGUGUCUAAUCAGUCUUUACUACUUGUAUUGAUCGACUAUGGAUUUUCUGUUUACAUACCUUAUUCGGAUACAAAAAAUCUGAAAGUUGUUCCUGUGGAACUUUUGAAUUUACCAAGGUUAAGUUAUCCUUGUAUCUUAGAUGGUAUCUUACCUGCUAAGGGGAAACAUUGGAAUGAAGAAGCCAAAAGUUUUUUUCAAGAUUUGCUGAGUAAACCAGGCUUAGUUUUUCAGUUGAAGAAGUCUGAUUUUCAAACAAAACUGGAAGUAGAUGUCAUUCAUGAGAAAAACAAUUUGGCAGAUAUGUUGGUUGUAUCUGGUCUUGCAAUAUAUUCUAAAGAUUCAGAUCAUCUUAAUGAUGGAGUUAGUACUACUGGAUCUACUGAAAUCCAGUAUCAAUUACAGAGUAAGCCUAUUUUCCCAUUAUUAGAUCAAAAUUGUUACAAAGGAGAAAAUGCAAGUUGCAUACACACUGAGAAACAAAAACUAAAAGAGAAAACUGUAAAGAAGAAAGAGGUCUAUAAGACCCUCUUAAGGAAAAGCAAUAUCAAUACAAGAUUAUAUUCUAGAAAUUUAACUCUGAGUAAGAAGGCUGACAUUGGAAAACUUAAUCCCCAAAGUACUGUCACAUUUGAUACAUGUACAGCAGUUUCAUUUUGGGAACUACUGAAUGACUUGAAGAAUAACUCCAAUUUCAUUGAAAGCAUUUUUGAAAAACUACCAGCUGAAGAAACACAGGAAAAUAACACAAUGGAUUUGAGAACAAGGAUAAAAACACUGCAUGUUAAUGAAAAAAUUAUGUCCGAGGAACACUUAAAAGUGAAGGGAGAUGAAACCUCAGAUCUUCUAUAUAUCAGUUUAGUAACAAAUAAUAUAUAG